AUGCAUGCACGACGCGACGCUGCGCUGGAUCGCGCAGACAAGCACCCAGUGCGUAGACAGGCUGGCACCAGACAGGACGGCCUCGAAAAGUCAGAAGGCAGCCGUAAGUGCAACGACAUCAGGCUACAGGCGACCAUCCGUAGGCCCGGCCGUUCCGGCAGGCCCAGCUGGCUCGGCAGGCCUGGACAGGCCGGAGAAACACGAGGCCGAAGGCAUGACGGCAUGACGGCUUGA